AUGAACAACGCUAAACUAGCUCUCAGCCAGCCUCGUCAGGGCAACGUCCCAUGCUCGGAUCAAUGCCAAUCUCCAGCGGUGGACAAGCCGCUCAACAACGAGUCAAGCAACGCGAGCCCUGAGCGACCCUCCCAAGGCAAAGCGGGCCUUGGCCCCUCCGGCCCCAACUCUAGCUCUUCCGCUGCCCAGUCCACCGCCCCAUCCAAGCACCAACGCCGCGCACUGUGCUGCUGUCUCGGCCUGCAAAAGCUAAUCACCACCUUCCUCACCGACCACACUCGGCCCUCCGUCGUCACCACCCAGGCCAUCAACCACCGACACACCAUGCAGCAGGCCGGCACCCUACUCACAUCCAUGGAACAUGCGUUGCGCGAUCUGCAGCUCGCAAUCCCAGCCCAAUACCGCACUCUGUGGCUUAAGCAUCAGAUCGAUGGUUACACCGCGACUCUAGAGGCCCUACGCGAAUUCAUGCGCUUGCAGGGCUUGUCAGGCCGUGUCUUUGACAUCGGUAGGUAG